AUGAAUUCCCCUCGCAAAGAGCCCUCGUGCGAACAACCCUGCAUAGAGACCGGACGGACAGAGCUCCCCGCAUUGAAUCGGAGCCAACUGCAAUCACAGCGGCGGUUGAGACUGCUACUCCUAGCCGUCACGCUGAUUGCGCUUUUGAGACACGUCUACGUGAUGAUAGAUCAGUAUAUGGGGUCAGCAGACCCUGCGAUCUAUUGGCGCGGAGGCUGA